AUGUACUCUGCGCGCGUCAGCGUGGUCCGUGUCCGUCGGGACGCCAUCGCGGCGGCGGCGGCCAUGACACGUACCUGGGUGAUGCCGAUUGCCCUCCUUGGGGAUCGCCUUGAGCAUCGCCUUGGGCAGCUGCACGUGCCGAUACUCAUACUCGCUGUCCGAAUACCUGCCAGGGCGUCAGCGGUCCGCUGCCUCGUCCACGUCCUCGUCGGGCACCACCCACCUGGCCGAGUAGUGGAUCGAGUCGAUAAACUCCUCCAGACGCGCGCGCUCCGAGUCGGACAGCGGCCGGGGCGACUUGUUUCGGCGGCUGGUGUCAAUAUCCAUGGCCGUCGUGCUUGCGGGAGGCUCGGGGCGGUUUCAAUCUCGGGUCUCUCGACGGGCGUCGCCUGCUCUCCACGACGCGACCUGAGCGCGCGAUGCGGUGCGGGGAAGGGCGGUCUGCGGCAGGCCGUCACGCUCCUGCUGUCUCAGCGAGGUCUCCAAUCGGUGGCACGGUCAAGGGCGGCCUGCGGCAACGAGCGACGGCGCAGGGUGAGAAGCGAACACGAGGCGCGGCAGCAAAGUCAACGCGACGGAUGGAGCGCAACGAGGCGGGGAGAAGGGCAGGGCGGGGAUGGAAUGGCGGGCGGCGAGAAAGUUGUAGGUAAACAAAUGGAAGUGCGUGCGCCAGCGCCAGCACCCCGCCAAACACCCACUUUGGCACCCCUGGCGGCCCCACCGGGCGUGGUUCGGCCGUUGCCAGCAGUUGAGCCUUUUGUCCUCGACUUUGUUGGCCGCCGAGGGAUGUCUGUGUCCUGGCACGGACGGAGCACUAACGUGUGA